AUGUCUGAGAACUCUUCAUCUCAUUUCUCUUUCCCCAGAGAAGAGGAGAAAGUGCUUGCUUUUUGGGACGAAAUUGAUGCAUUUCGCACAUCUUUGAAGCUUACUGAGGAUAAGCCUGAGUUUUCGUUCUUUGAUGGUCCGCCAUUUGCUACUGGUACUCCUCACUAUGGCCAUAUUCUGGCCUCGACCAUCAAGGACAUUGUUCCAAGAUAUGCUACAAUGACGGGCCAUCACGUUGAGAGAAGAUUCGGUUGGGACACUCAUGGUCUACCUAUCGAACACAUCAUUGAUAAGAAACUAAAUAUCACUUGUAAGGAGGACGUUUACAAGUUUGGGAUCGAUAAUUAUAAUAACGAAUGUAGAGCGAUCGUGAUGACUUAUGCCGAAGAAUGGAGAAAAACUAUCGGCCGUUUGGGUCGUUGGAUCGAUUUCGAUAACGAUUACAAGACCAUGUACCCAAGUUUCAUGGAGUCCGAAUGGUGGUCCUUCAAGCAGUUGUUCAAUAAGGGCCAAGUUUACCGUGGUUUCAGAGUCAUGCCAUAUUCCACUGGCUGUACUACGCCAUUGAGUAAUUUCGAAGCUCAACAGAACUAUAAGGAUGUGAACGAUCCUGCUGUAACCAUUGGUUUCAACGUGAUCGGCCAAGAGAAAACACAAUUGGUUGCUUGGACAACUACGCCGUGGACUUUGCCUUCCAAUCUGGCUCUGUGUGUGAACCCUGACUUUGAAUAUGUCAAGAUUUAUGACGAGAAGAAAGACCGUUAUUUCAUUUUGCUCGAAUCAUUGAUCAAAACUUUAUACAAGAAACCAAAGGACGAAAAGUUUAAGGUGGUUGAGAGAAUUCAAGGUAAGGAUUUGGUGGGUCUCAAGUAUGAACCACUUUUCCCAUAUUUUGUGGAAAAGAUGGGCGCAACUGCCUUUAAAGUCGUGGGAGAUGGUUAUGUUACCAGCGAUUCUGGUACAGGUAUUGUGCACAAUGCACCGGCCUUUGGGGAAGAGGAUUACAACGUUUGUUUGAACCAUGGCAUUUUUGAAGAGGGCGGUUUUUUCCCAAAUCCGGUCGAUGAUGCCGGUAAAUUCACCUCUGAAGUGACCGACUUCAGCGGGCUCUACGUGAAGGAUGCUGACAAGGAGAUUAUCAAAUUUUUGACGGCUACUGGGAACUUGCUUCUAGCGUCUCAAAUUAGGCACUCCUAUCCAUUCUGCUGGAGAUCUGAUACCCCUCUAUUGUACCGUACUGUUCCUGCUUGGUUUGUCAGAGUCAAGGAAAUCAUUCCUCAGAUGCUGGAGUCUGUUAUGAAUUCACGCUGGGUUCCAAGAACUAUCCAAGAAAAGAGAUUUGCAAACUGGAUCGCCAACGCUCGUGACUGGAACAUUUCGAGAAACAGAUACUGGGGUACGCCAAUCCCGCUGUGGGUCUCCGACGACUUGGAAGAAAUCGUUUGUAUCGGUUCGGUUGCAGAGCUUGAAGAGUUGAGUGGUGUCACCGGCAUCAAAGACCUACAUCGUGACUUUAUCGAUAAGAUCACUAUCCCUUCAAAGCAAGGUAAGGGACAAUUGAAGAGAAUCGAAGAAGUUUUUGAUUGCUGGUAUGAGUCCGGCUCUAUGCCCUAUGCCUCUCAGCAUUAUCCUUUUGAAAACCAAGACAAAUUCAAAUAUAGAGUCCCUGCAAACUUUAUCUCUGAAGGUUUAGAUCAAACCAGAGGUUGGUUCUAUACGUUGAGUGUCCUGGGUACCCAUCUGUUUGGCCAGGUCCCUUACCAAAAUGUUAUUGUUUCUGGUCUUAUCUUGGCUGCUGAUGGUAAGAAGAUGUCCAAGUCUUUAAAGAACUAUCCAGAUCCAAACAUCGUGUUGAGUAAAUACGGUGCAGAUGCAUUGAGAUUAUAUUUAAUAAAUUCCCCUGUGUUGAAAGCUGAAACCUUGAAAUUCAAAGAGGAGGGUGUUAAGGAAGUCGUUUCUAAAGUUUUGUUGCCAUGGUGGAAUUCUUAUAAGUUCUUGGAAGGACAAAUAGCCUUAUUGAAGAAAACCUCAGGCAUUGAUUUCAAGUACAAUCCUUCUAUUCAAAGUGAUAAUGUCAUGGAUAGGUGGAUUUUAGCUUCUAUGCAAUCUCUGGUUCAACAUAUCCACACGGAGAUGGAACUUUAUGAAUUAUUCGCCGUGGUUCCUAGAUUGUUGCAUUUCAUCGACGAAUUAACUAACUGGUACAUCAGAUUCAACCGUCGUCGUUUGAAGGGUGAAAACGGUGUUGAUGAUUGUUUGAAGGCUUUGAACAGUUUGUUCGAAGCAUUGUUCACAUUCGUCAGGGCCAUGGCUCCGUUCACUCCAUUUUUAUCUGAUUCUAUCUAUCUAAGGAUGAAGGAAUUCAUUCCAGAAGAAGUUUUGGCUAUGUUUGGUAAAGACGCUAGAUCUGUUCAUUUCCUAUCGUACCCAGAGGUUAGAAGGGAGCUAUUCGAUGAAGCCAUCGAGAAGUCGGUCGCCAGAAUGCAAUCGGUUAUCGAUUUGGGCAGAAACAUUCGUGAGAAGAAGACUAUCUCUUUAAAGACCCCAUUGAAGAGUUUGGUUAUCCUGCACAGCGAUAAGAAUUAUCUAAAAGACAUCGAGGACUUAAAAGACUACAUUGUAGAAGAGCUGAACGUGCAUGACAUCAUCAUUACUUCCGAUGAAGCAAAAUACGGUGUCGAGUAUAGGGCAGUCGCUGACUGGCCAGUCCUGGGCAAGAAGCUAAAGAAAGACGCCAAGAAGGUUAAGGACGCGUUGCCCAGCGUCAGCUCCGAUGAAGUACAACAGUAUCUGGAAACAGGAAAACUGCAAGUUGCUGGUAUCGAUUUGAUAACAGGCGACCUGAACGUUGUUAGAGGUCUGCCAGAAUCGCUGGCUCAAGCAGGUCUAGAAACAAGAUCUGAUCAAGAUGUCUUGAUUAUCCUCGACACCAAGAUUUAUCCAGAAUUGAAAACCGAAGGUCUCGCUAGAGAGCUUAUCAACAGAAUUCAAAAGCUGAGAAAGAAAUGUGGCCUGGAAGCCACUGACGAUGUCCUUGUCCAAUACGAACUCAUCAAGGAUACCAUGGAUUUCGAAGUUGUCGUAAAGCAACACAGAGAGACGCUAACCAAGACUUGCAGAUCCGACAUUGUCGCUUUCGAUGGCGCCAACGACGGCGCCAUCGCUGACGAAGAACAAUCUAUCAACGACACCAUUUUCAAGCUAAAGAUUUUCAGGCUAUAG